AUCCCGAGAUCUACAACUGCGUCGAGCUCGUCAGCGUCUAUCUCUUUCAGCUGGCACCGUCCACCUCGCACAGAUCCAGGAUUGCCGAGGCUUACAACUCGUGCCUCAUGAGGCAGAACUUGAGCAGCAUGCUGGAAGAAGCCGGAAGGAACGAUCGGAAGGAGCUCAUGACUCUCGCAAUGAGCCAAGAGCCGGGAAGCCUGACGACCGAGAGCAAACAAGCCAAAGAGAUACUCUGCUCCAUGCUCCUGGGAAACAAGUCAGUGAUUAACCACAAGGAACUCAAGCUGACAACACACCUGGGACAAGGAGGUUUCGGAACCGUGUACGAAGCAAUCUGGCUCGGUCACAAGUUUGCAGUGAAAGUCUUCCCUCAAGGUGACACCAGCUUCGCCAAAGAGCUCGCGGUUCUCGAAGCGGACAAGCAUCCCAACGUGUUGCACAUCGCCAGCCAGUCUUUCGAUGAAGAGAAGCAGCGGUACUCGCUGGUGAUGGAGAAGAUGGACAUGGACCUGGCAAACUACGUCCUCAAGAAGAAGAACUCUCUCCCGUUGCUGUCGAUCGUGGCAGUGAUGCUCCAAGUUGCUACUGGCAUGGCCUGGCUUCACUCGAAGAAUAUAAUCCACCGGGACCUCAAGCCGCAGAACAUCUUGGUUGGCGAAGAAGACAACGAUCUCGUGAGUAUCAGGAUUGCCGACUUUGGAGUCUCGAGGCCAAACUUCAUCUCCUCCCAGAUCGAAGCCGUUAGCAUCCAAGGCACCAGGAACUUCAUGGCACCGGAAGUGUGGAGCGGCGAGAACUACACGAAAAAGGCCGACGUUUACAGCUACGGGAUGCUGAUUUACCAGCUUGUCACUGGAAACGUUCCGUUCGAGGACGGGAUGGACAUGGAGCAAGUCCUUCGAGGCGAGCGUCCUGAGGUACCAGCAACCUGUCCAGAGUUCCUGUCGCAGCUCAUGCGGGAAUGCUGGAGCCACGAUGCAAAAGAGAGGCCUUCCUUCUCGGAUAUCUGCGAGCGGCUGAAGCAGCUCAAGACCAGGAUCAUCACUGGCACCGACUCCAUCGACGAGUUACGAGCCAUGUUGGUUGCAGCAGCCAGGUCAUCUUCCUCUUAUUCGUACUCAUCGUCUUCCUCGUCGCACAGCAUGAACCUGGAUUCUCCUGUCCAAGCACCUGAAGGGCUUUUGACCCAAAAUCCUCCAUCUCCCGUUGUCCAGCACGUCGCACCAGCAGCAAAGCCGGAUAACAGGGCCGAGCUCUUCGAACUGGUGAAGAACGGCCUCGUCGAAAACGCCUUUGAGAAAGCUCUGUCCCUGAACGAUCCUUCCACGGUCUGGUGGCUUUGCACCAAGGUGGAGGAUAGCGUCCUGCUCGCCUUCAGUGAAUCAAUGCUCAUGGAAGUGGCCGAGCAAAUCAACACCAACUUCGAGGAAGACACUGCUCGCAGGUUGCUCUGGAUCAACGAGAUCCUGUUCAUCUUGCUGUACGUCAACGUCAAUGGACAGACGUCACCUCGGAUGCAGAGGAUCUUGGAGGAGCUUUCACAGAACCUCCACGGCAUGAUGGCUAUAACACCGUCAAACAGCGAGCUGGCGAUGAAGCUGGCAGACGUGCUGAAAAGAACCAACGUGGGUCUUCGGCGUAUCCGAUAUGGGAACAAACUUCAGAAGAAAGGGAAAAGGAAACUGUGAAAUAAAACAGCUAUAUAUUUCCAGCGGAACACCGGUAGUUUCUGAGUAUUGAGAUGUUCUAAUUUUCUGCCUGCCAAAAGUAUCAACCAUGCUUCACGAAAGAACCAUAAAGAACUUACCAAUUCCCAUUCGUAACUUCGUC